AUGGCUCUCUUCGAUUUCAAGUCGGACAAGCACUUCGUUACCUCCUCUGAUGAAACCACCAUUAGAGUCUGUGAGUUGAGCGACCCUACUGUUCACCCUUCCGAUGUCCGAAAGGCGGACUGGAAGGAAGUUGCCACCAUCGAUAUCGUCGAUGGUGGCAAUAAGGGAGGCGGCAACUCGUCGGCGGAAGGAAAGUACUUCCACCACGGGUUGUUGUUUUUCGAUGAACAUGGGAAGAUCGAGGGACAGGAAGCCCUCACCAAGCUAGCCCGACACCUCGCUCGGUCGGGCUUGAUGGUGAGCCCCGGAGGGUACUGCUUUCAGGACGUGACGGGGCUGGGAGAGCACAGAGACUUUGGGGCUCACUACCUCCGACUGAACGAUCUCUUCAGCUGGCCUAGCCACGGUGUUAACCUGGCGAUGAUCACCACGUGGCGGCACUUGGAGUUGACAUACACCAUGCCAAGGCAGGAGGGAAUAUCAAAGCGACCGAUGGUGAGCGGUGGGGUGAGCAAAGAGAAGCAUGAAGAGUUGAAAAAGACGACGGGCACGAGGGAUGAGGAGCUGGAGAAGGUGACCAAUGAAAUGGAAGACGAGAUACAAAAAUUAAGGGAGGAAAAAGAAGAAGCGCUACAAAAGAUGAGAGAAGAGAUGGAAGAGACGAUUGAAAAGAAAGACGCGGAGGUACGAAAGGUGAAGAGGGAAAGGGAUAACGAGAAGCGUCUGAAAGAGAUGAUCGAACGGGCCAGCAAAGAGAAAUACGAGGAGUCGAGAAUGUUGAGGAUAUUAAUUAUUUAG